AUGCAUGCGCAUGAUGCCCCUGGCAGUAUAGUUACUACAGAUGAAGGUCUUUUCUUAGUGCCAAAGGAGAAGCAGUUACCCCACUUUAAAUGGGAACCUGAACAACAACGCUUUGUUAUUUUAGAACGAGAUGGUGAUGAUCUAGUGUUGUGCUUAUCACCGAGAGAAACUAUUUCAUUAGAUUAUUUGCAUGGAAGUGACUGGGGUGAUGGUGUAGAAAACAUUAUUCCUUGUUGGGCCAUUUAUGGAGUCCUUCCAAUUGGUCGAACCUCAUCUAUUCUUUUGUACGUUACAAAGAGAGAACAUGUGGCAACAUUGCCUUUUAUGGGUUCUCAUGAGGUGUUUGCCGUAAGAGAAUUUAAAUGUAUGUCGUUAGCAUCAAGUUCAGUUCGUUGUACAGCUUCUGAUUUGUCUAAAAAUGAAGAAAAGGAUUUUAAAGAAGGAUCUAUUCAACCGGGACCUUUUCAAGAACUUUCUGAUGAGAUUGUUGCAGAAUACCGUGCAGUAAUUGAACGAUUUUGUGCCAAUUCCCAGAAACACUCUGGAGGAUCAUACUUUUUUUACUCCCCAACAAUAAAUUUGGCAUUAGAUCCAUCUGAAAUGUUAAAUCAAAGAAGAAAUUCAUUAACCACAACAAUGUCUGGAUGUGCUAACUUUCCUUUAACUGGAACAGUAGGUAUUGAUGGUGGUUUAGAGGGAGAUCUCACUACAGUGGGUGUAUUCCAAUGGAAUGCACCUUUACUCAAAGCAUUUGAUACACCUGGUGAAUCCAUGUCUAUCGAUAAGUAUUACUUUACACCUUCAUUUAUUAGAGGUAUAGUUACAUCAUCUGAUGUUUCUACAGAUGGAGUACAACUUUUGCUUAUCAAUAGACUAAGUUACCGUUGGUCUGGCACACGGUAUAAUCGUCGAGGAUUAGAUUCAAGUGGAACUGGAAUUCCUGCAAACUUUUCAGUUUCAACUUUAUGGGUUUUCCCUUUAGAAGGGGAACAUGAAAAUAAUGAAAUGACAUCAUCAUCAUCUGCAUCAUUAUCAUCAUCAUUCUAUGAGAAACGGGUUGCAACAUUUUCUAUUCUACGAGGUUCGGUUCCCAGGCGUUGGAGUCAACCAGCAAAUUUAGGUUUUAAACCUACUAUAACUAUUUUAUCUUCUACUUCAGGAGUAAAUGAGUUUGUUUCUCAUUUAAAAUUUUUGCAAGGUCUUCUUCAUGGAAUUUCAUCCUUACAAUGUAUGGAUACAACAUCUUCUAGUCAACUGGAACUCCCACUUUCUAAGGGAUUUGAAAAGAGUUUUCUAGAACAACAAGAAAGUGAAAGUAAACAUGGAAAAUUUAUGGAUGUUCGUUACUUUAAAUAUGAUGUUAAAUCUCGAAAACAAAAACUUUCAUAUGAUGCAAUGAAGAAGGAAAUAAGUGCAUUACUUGGAAUGGAUGAUUAUGGUAAUUCGGAUGUUGUUGAUUUUUCACAGUGGUGUGCAAAUUCUGUAGUAGUAGAAGAUGAAAUGAUGUCUGGUGAAAAUGAGGAUUAUCCAUCUUUGGAAUGGAGAAAUAUACAUCAACAAGAACACUACGUCCGUGUAAACUGUUUAGAUUGUUUAGAUCGUACAAAUCUAGCACAGUCAAUGAUUGCUAUUGGUGUACUUCCUCGCAUGAUACGCUAUGUACAUGGAAUAAAAGAUGAAAUAUAUAAAGAAAAAGGCAAUAAUAAUAAUAAUAAUAAUAAUAAUAAUAAUAAUAGAGGAGAUAAUGAUGAUAAUUACACCAAUUGUGAAUUUAAUAAAUCUAAAAUGCAAUGUAAACAAUUGUGGGUUCAACAAGGUGUGGCUAUUUCACAACUAUAUGCAGGAAGUGAUCCUCAUUUUGUUAAUUAUCUUUUGAAAGGUCGAUCAGGAUUUCGAGAUAAAUGUGAAGAAGGUAUACUCGCUUUAAAACGAUGGAUUCAACAGAAUUUAUAUGAUGGAGAUAAACAAGAUGCUAUUUCCCUUAUUACACGUCAACAUAAUCCUGCUCUUUUUCAUUCUGAAUUUGAGAGUCCUUUCUCCCGACGUUUAUCUGGACUUAACAAGAUGGUAGCACUCGGUUUCAUUUCUGCCAUUUUACCUCUUGUUUUAAACAUUGUUUUGGCAUUUUUAUAUCCAAAGUAUAGAAUGCGACAAGAGUUUUUAUUCUUUGAUUUACUGUGGUGUAUAUACUUAUUUCUUUGGGUAUCUCACGUAAGAAAGAAGGGUACUGAUUACACAAACUAUCCUUUACUUCAAUGA